AUGAUGCGAAAUGGGGAUGACUUGGAAGACGAUUUCGUCGUCGACGACCUCGUUGCUCUUUCAGAAGAAGAGGUCGACUCUCCGGAUCUUGACGACGAAUUCGUAGCAGACGACCACGAUGCAAGCCCGCCCACCACUACCAACGACCAACCCUCCCAAGCCGCCGCAUCUAAAAAGCGAAAAAGGAGAGAGAAGGAGAAAGAGAGGAAGAAACGAAAAUUAGCAGAAACACAGGAUCCCAAACUCACCCAGACAGUGGCUCUCCAAUCGCCAGAGAAAUUGGCAGAAUACCUCGCUUCUAUGCAAAAGAGAACCUUCAAAGACAUGUCCGACCUUGAGUUGGAAGACCUUCGAAUACCUGCCUCUGCGAUCGCGGAUACUUCAAUGUGGACAGGCCCCCGUACUUUGGAUCAUUUGGUGGACUUCAUCAUCAAAGUUCUUCCCAACCUCAAAACACGAUUAUCUCAACGUCCGAAGUCUACUGGCUCGCCCACGCUACUAUUCCUCACUUCGGCAGCCCUUCGCGUUGCUGAUGUUUCUCGAAUUCUGAAAGACAAACGUCUGCGUGGGGAGAAGGGAGGGGAGGUUGCCAAACUGUUCGCCAAGCACAUAAAGCUUGCUGAACAUGUCACAUACCUGCGGAGAACUCGAGUUGCCGCUGCUCCUGGCACGCCAGGACGAAUAGGAAAGCUCUUGUGCGAAACAGAAUCAAUAUCCGUUUCCCAACUCACCCACAUCAUUCUCGAUAUCACAUUCCGCGAUAGCAAGAAUAGGAAUCUCCUUGACAUUCCGGAGACCCGGGACGAGGUCUUCAAGACGGUGUUGGGAGCGCCGAAGGUGCUGAAGGCCAUCAAAGACGGCAAGGUGCAGGUCGUUCUCCUUUGA